AUGUCUAAAGGCCCCGAAAAAGUAGACGAUUGCACAAUAGAAGACAUCAAAACCUCCUCGGAAACACCAGACAUAUCCGAUCGCGAUGCCGAGAAACGACUUCUCCGCAAGUGUGACCUCCACGUCGUCCCCAUCCUCACUCUUCUCUUCAUGUUCGCCUUCCUGGACCGUAUCAACAUCGGCAAUGCACGGCUGAUGGGCCUGGAAGAUGACCUGGGCAUGAGCGGGCAUCAGUAUAAUAUCGCGCUGUUUGUGUUCUUCAUCCCGUAUAUCCUAUUUGAGGUGCCGAGUAAUAUGAUCCUGAAGAAGGUGAAGCCAUCGUGGUGGUUGAGUGGGAUCAUGUUUGCAUGGGGUACCAUCACGAUCUGUCAGGGCGUCACGGCCAGUUUCAAUGGCUUAGUAGUCUGUCGAGUACUGAUAGGACUCUUCGAGUCUGGUUUCAUGCCUGGCGCAGUAUACCUAAUAAAUAUGUACUAUCGUCGUCACGAACUCCAAUGGCGGCUCAACCUCUUUUUUAGCGCUAGCAUCAUCGCUGGCGCGCUCCUCGCCUACGCUAUCAACAACAUGUCCGGAAUAGCCGGGUACGAAGGCUGGCGCUGGAUUUUCAUCAUCGAAGGCCUGGCCACAGUCGUGAUAGCAGUGAUAUCCAAAUUCAUCAUCGUGGACUGGCCUGAGUCGGCCAAGUUCCUGGAUGAUGGUGAGCGAGCUCUACUUCUCGCCCGUCUGAAAGAAGACCAGGGCGAAGCACGAAUGAAUCGACUCGAUAAGAAGUCGAUGCGACGAACAUUCUCGGAUCCAAAGAUCUACCUUGGUCCGAUAAUGUACUUCGGCAUCGUAAACACCGGCUACGCCGUCUCCUUCUUCACCCCCACCAUCCUCCACCAACUCGGCUGGACCGCAGUCCGCGCUCAAGUAAUGAGCAUCCCAGUAUACGUCGUCGCAACUAUCACCACACUCUCCGCCGCCCUCCUCAGCGACCUCCUCCGCCACCGCUACCUCUUCACUCUCACCGGCUGCCUGGUAGCCACAAUGGGCUACGUAAUCCUGUUGACGCAAUCCACCGUCCCAGUCGGCGCGCGCUACUUCGCCAUCUUCGCCGUCACCAGCGGCGGGUACCUGACGCAGCCAAUCCUCAUGGGCUGGCUUAGCAACAACAUGGCAGGCCAUUACAAGCAGAGCAUCGCAUCGGCAAUGCAGAUCGGGUUCGGGAAUUGCGGUGGCUGGUCGCCAGUAAUAUCUUCUUUGAGGAGGAAGCGCCGGGGUAUCGCACCGGGUAUGGGGUUAGUCUGGGCAUGA